GUCGCUCCCUCCUCUGGUAGCACAGUUAGCAGUCUCUAGCACGUUAGCGUCCAGCGGCUGUUGUUUGCAGUCAGUCAUUCCUUCCGAGUGGUGGUGCGUUUGUAAGCAUCCUCCUCCUCUCCUCUAGAAAAGCAGUGGACGGCGGGGUUGUUUUUUCGAAAGCCAGCUGAUUCACCUCUCCGAGGCCGCUUACGAUAAACAAUUGUCCUCGCCAUCACGACAGGAAGAAGCUCUGGGACAUGGCCAGACCAGAACAAGUCCUGCUGUUAGAGCCACAACACGAACUGAAAUUCAGAGGCCCAUUUACAGAUGUCGUCACCGCCACUCUGAAGCUCACCAACCCCACAGAUAGAAAUGUAUGUUUCAAAGUCAAGACAACUGCACCUCGCCGAUACUGUGUGCGCCCAAACAGUGGUAUCAUUGAUGCUGGAACCUCCAUCAAUGUUUCCGUUAUGCUACAGCCUUUUGACUAUGACCCCAAUGAGAAGAGUAAACACAAAUUCAUGGUGCAGUCUAUGCUGGCUCCAUAUGACAUGACUGAUAUGGAAGGAGUUUGGAAGGAGGCGAAGCCUGAAGAGCUGAUGGAUUCAAAGCUGAGAUGUACAUUUGAGAUGCCACUAGAAAAUGACAAAACUCAUGAGAGUGAAAGCAACAAAAUUGUGUCUUCCUCUGCCUCCUCUGUUAAGACUGAGCACUCGGUACUGCCCAAGUCAGCCAGUGCCUCGCUGGAUGACGGAGAGGUGAAGAAGAUCAUGGAGGAGUGCAAGCGGCUGCAGAUGGAGGUGCAGAGGCUACGGGAAGAAAACAAACAGAUCAGGGAGGAUGACGGGCUGCGGAAGAGAAAGGUGACAUCAGGGGCCUCUCCUCACUCCUCCUCUGCCAUGGCGACCUCAGCCAUGAGGGAUGAAGGCCUAAGCACCCGCGUCCUGGCAUUCUGUGUGCUCUUCUUUGUCAUUGGAGUCAUCAUUGGCAAGCUGGUCCUGUAGAGAGAGAGAGAGAGAGAGAGAGACAGACACAGCACAGUGACGGAUGGCGUGCUCUGGAGGACACGUUAAUGACGGCAACGGGGAUCUCUUCUGGGUUUAUGUUGAUUUCACUUUUUUUUUUUUUUUUUUAUAAUUAAGGAAAUAUCAUAAUGGGUUGUCUGGAUGGAAAGUAAUUUAAUGUGUAAAAAGAAAAGGCAAAUCAAGAGUGUGAGUGGUUUUGUCACUGGACUUGGCUUUUGUUUUUUUGUGAAAUAAUCAACCUUUGCUCUGUUCUUUCCAUCCAACCCUCCUUCCUAAAUGAUCUUCCCCAACUUGCACAGUUAACGGUUAGUGGUGUGUGGAAAUGGCUUCAUGCUGACUGAAUGUCUAAAGUCUUUCAUUGAUUCUUCAAGUUCUUUGCCCACACUGUUUGUGAGAAGUAUCUAACACGCUUCCUCUGAUAAACCCGCCUCCACUUAUCACUGAUAAUUUGCAAGAGAGGUGAACACAAAUGGUUAGUGAAAGACUUUUUCUAGACUCUGUGUAUUGUCUUCUAAACAGUGUGAGCCAGUACAAGCUGUGUGUAUGUGUCUUGCUGUUGGAGCCUCCUGCAGGAGGGCUGAGGUGGCUGCAUGUGGAUGUUUUUAUGUGAGGAGAUCAUAAAUGACAAAGUCAAAAAGCUGUUUUAGAGUGAAGAAAGAGGGAUGGUUAAAAAAAAAAAGUCAUCUGAACAGACUUCCUGCACAACAGCCAUGGAGGAGUUUGUUUGACCCGAUUAAAACUUGUUGAUUUCAGUUUGUGACUGGACCAUUGAGUCUGUAGGAACUCAAUCAAUUUUAGGGUCACUUGUAAAAUUAUGACUCAGUAAAAUCAAAAUCAUGGUACAGAGUUAAAAAAAAACAACUGUAAUUUAGUGCAAGGCUUCAGAUUUUUCCACUUAACACUUGAUUAACUCCCUCAGGUUGAGAGUCAAAGAUUGGCAGUAAACGUAAAAAGACCUAAUCUCCCCCCGUAAAACAAUAAACCAAUUGUUACAGUCUGUAACAAUAGACUUGGUCACCUUGUUUAAUUUCACCUGUGCAGUAUUGUAUUUACAUUGUCUGCUAUGUUACAGCACUUGUUUGCUUUUCUCCCCCCUUAUAUUAUGUAGUCACGAUGCUUCUAUUGUUUGUAAUAUUUAAAUGCACUCUAUUCAUGUGCCCACUCUGCAAUCUGCAUGAAAUGACCUGGAUUUAUUCUGAUUAUUAUUGAAUGUUGACAUUAGCAAAACAAAAAAACUGUCUUUCCAAAAGGGACCAUUGUCAGUCUAGUUUAUCAGUUUAUGCGUUUUGUUUUUAAUCAUUUUCUUUUGUUUCCUGUUGGGCUCCGGUGGUUGUAAGAUAACUGAGACAACACAGCUGUAUUAUUUCAGUUACCACAUGACCAUAUCAGCAAACUGGUUUGUUUAAAAAAAAGGAAAAAAAAAAAGUAAAUAUCUGUAUCUUUCGUUGCCUGAGGGAGCUCGGGGAGCUGAGACAUGGGAAUGUGGGUGGCUGGGAGGAGGACUGACCUAUGAAUACACACUACGUUAAAGGAAAAAAGGUCUCAUCACUUCAGACCACACAUUGCAGAGGUAGUCACACAAUGUAAUCACAGUAAUUGGAUACUCUUUUGUAUGUACAUAAACAUAAAAAGAAUUCAAAACAUAUCUGGUAAAAGUUAACAUACUGUAGUAAAGGAAGAAUAUUAUUAAACAACCACCAUGGAUCAUGUAGCAUCAUAAUGAAUUAAAAAACAUAAACCCCCAA